CAGUUCGUCCAAACCCCGACACUCGCCUGCACACUCUAGCUAAGAAGAUAUCGCUCUCCAGCUGUACAGUGCUUAUAAGUGAUUAUUUAAACCCUGGAAAACACUGGGUAACGAACACCGCGCCGCUGUCCGAUUCUCACUUCCAAUUCAAGGUUUUUACGUGAUCAAAUCACAUAAAGGGCCUCCGUUGUCACGUAAUCGCCAACUUGUUUAUUAUUUUUUAUCGUUGUUCUUUCACCUUCGAAAUAAAUAUCUUAUCGAAUUGUCAACGUUUAGUAUAUCAAGUCGUAGCAAGAUUUUAGAAAAGAAAAAUCCUUCAGUGACAUUUCAUUGAAUAUCAACUAUUAUGAAUUGAUUGGAACGGUUAAGAUGAAGACACGUGAUCGUCGUAUAAAACAGGACAUACGAAGACCAAAACAAGAGAAGAAAGGAGCUAAACAAGAUAAUCGGACAACGAAAGCUCCACAAACCAGUGGAGCCACAGGAUCGGCCCGGCUGCACUCGAAGCGGUCAGGUGUAGAAGCUGUGAAACUGCAUAUCCAAACAUCAGGAUGUACUGGUAGAUCGUCUCGCUCUGCAACAACGGUUCGAAAAACCAGCAUCCGAAUGACUGCAAUAAAAGAAUACCCUUUCGACUUAAGCGAUCUUCAGAAGCAGCCCAACGACACGGGCGAUACGAAACCCCUAACUGUGACUGUGUCUGCACAGGCGACAGACCCACAGCCAAAUACGCUUGUACCUACUGCUGACUUCGCGACAAGAGCUGCUACACCUGAUGGCAAGAGAAAAGUUUCCAUUAUGGCCGAUGAAAGCAGUAAAGACAGAGAAAACCUACCCUCUGAAAGGAAUGGCCGCGUAUCAACAUCUGCCGAGGGGCCAUCGCGCCGCAAGAGCAAUCUACACAACGCUAUGGCAGCAGAAAUGGACACAUCAUGGGACCGACCGGCGCAUAUCGAAGGCAGGUAUAAGAAAUAUUCGACAACGUCCUCCGUAUACUCGAAGAAAGCAUUAUCACAGCAAAGCGAACACGUAGAGAGAUCUUGGUGGUAUGCGUGUUGCCAGAAGUGCCAUCAAGAAGAUUCCGGAAUUCCUUCGUGGGAACCACCAAACUGGCAAAAAAUAUGCCCUUACCCACUAUGCCCAUCUUACAGACAAUUCGCACAAACAUUAUCAGUGUUUAUCAUCGGUAUACUGGUAUGGUUGAUAGUAUGGAUAGUGAUGGGAAACACGGUGGCACCAGGCGGACAGCUAUUUAUGCUAGUGGUACUUACCAUCGCGGCACACUUCGGUGGCUGGCUGAUGGUCAAAAUCACCACACUGCCCGCCCUCAUCGGAAUGCUGAUAGUCGGGAUUGUUAUGAAAAAUAUAGGCUUUGUCAACUUUGAUACAGAUUAUUUGCAUGUCUGUUCAUACAUUAGAAAAAUCGCUUUAACUAUAAUCUUAACUAGAGCGGGAAUGGACUUAGACCCACAUGCCAUGAAGAAAUUCUUCUUCACCGUGAUCAAACUUGCACUAGUGCCGUGGAUCUUUGAAUGUAUACUUUGUUCUGUAAUGGCGAACCUUCUACUCGAUUUACCAUGGGACUGGGCUUUUCUACUGGGCUCUAUAGUCGCGGCUGUGUCUCCCGCCGUCAUCGUUCCGUGCCUUUUCCGGUUGCGUAGCAAGGGUUAUGGCGUCUCAAAGGGUAUACCCACCCUUGUGCUCGCUGUAUCAGGAAUUGAUGACGCCGCCAGCGUAGCCGUUUUCGGCAUUGUUUCCGGUGUUAUGUUUUCCAAUUCAUCACUCACUAUGAACAUUAUUCAAGGUCCACUAAGUGUCAUCGGUGGUAUAUUCUUUGGAGUUUUAUGUGGUUAUCUGGCCAAGUACGUCCCGGAAAGAAAUGAUUCAUUUCUGGUGCCACUUCGUGUUUUGCUACUCCUUACCGGUGGAUUAGUCUCUGUGCUCGGUUCCGAAGAGAUCGGAUGGGGUGGUGCCGGCCCACUGGCAGUGAUUGCCUUUGCUUUUGUCGCUUGUAAAAACUGGUCAGAACUCGGUUGGGAAAUAGAGGACAACCCAGUAGCCACCGCUUUCGAAAUCUUCUGGAUGUUCUUUGAACCUAUGCUGUUUUCAAUAACAGGAGCACAAGUAGUUAUUUCAGAAUUACCCAUACGACUUGUGCUUAUCGCUAGUGGCAUAUUAGCAACAUGCGUAAUUCUACGUGCAAUUGUUACCAGUUUGAGCGCAGUGCGAAGUAACUUGAACACCAAGGAAAAGAUCUUCGUAGGAUUAUCUUGGAUGGCGAAAGCAACUGUCCAGGCUGCAUUAGGCCCAGUAGCUUUAGACGAGGUACGAAAAAUAGUCGGCUUAAACCCAUCAGAACUAGCAGUUCUCGAGGGUUACGCAGAGGUCAUCAUCACUGUGUGCAUUAUGUCCAUCGUCAUUACCGCACCAAUAGGAGCCAUCAUCAUUACACUGACUGGACCCAGGCUACUUUCCAAGACUACGAAACCUCCAGUUUUAGAAGGAUGGCGCCGAUCUCACCGGCCCUCUAUUCGAGAUAUAUCCAUCAUAGACGAGGAGGAAGUAGCAGAACGGGACGCCGAGGGUAACGAGCAACAAUCACCGCCUACCACACCAGUACCACCGGCCGCUUUCAGCACCCCCACGCCUAUUACCGUACAACCUAACCAUCGAACUUGACGAAUUAAAACGGCAAAUAAUCUAGCAAUACACCCUCGUCGAGUUUAUUCAUCUAAAAUUGAGCGUAUAAUUGCUGGACUCGGUUUACAAUGCCUUCUCUUUCGUCUCGAAUAUCGUAUGCGAAGUGAAUUAUAUAGAAAAAUGAAACGUGAACUGUACAGAAAGCGACGGCGAGAGUAUGUUGCUGUUACUUUGAAUAGAACUCGUAAAAACAAUUAUCGUUUGCUUCGUGAAUUGAAGUCACAAGUGCAAUAAGCACAGAUUAUAUAUUUCGAUCACGUAGAUGCCGUCCACCAAGUGCGCUCUUUAGUGUUUUUCUGCCGAAAUAAUAUUCUUACGUACGUAAUGUAAUAUCACGAAAUAGUUCUAUUAGUCACGGAAGUAGUAAUAAUAAAUUUAUUCCUUGUAAUAGACUGUAUAGUAUGUCAACAUGUCUUUUGUAUUAGAAUGUUAUUAUUUUUAUACUAAAUUAUAGAUGGUCCAAUGAGUAUUACGUAGUUAGACUUCUAAAGCUUUAUGCUAACGUGAAAAUAUUAAUUAUUGUUGUGUUUUUUCAUGGUGAAUUAUUAAUACGUAACGUUACUGUGAAAUGCACUUUAUUGAGUAAUCAAAAUAUUUUGCUGGUUUUUUUUUUGAUAUGUCAUAUAAAUAAAUGAAAUAAUUUAGAAACAAUAUGAGUAUCUACAUAAAGAGAUAUUCUACCAAGUGCUGCAAGAUUAAUUUAAAUAGUUCUCUAAGAAAAACAAGUCCAGUGAUAUUGUAUCAAAUACUGUGAUGUAGUUAACGCAUAAGUACGUCACUUACGGAUUAUUGUAAAUAAUUUCACAAGUACUUUAAUAUAUCGAAAUUUUAUUGUAAUCACCGAGUGUAAUAACUAACUAGUAUAUUAGGUUCAUUGUGAUAAAAAUGUAUACUUAAUAGCUUUUUAUGGCAAAUACAAACCUCGCUAAAAAUUAGGUGAUUCUACAUAAGAGUUAUUAUUGUUAACACCCUGAGAACGUAUAUUUUUGUAAGUACUUAAAUAUAUUGUAUAAGUGUAUUAAUUAAUUAAUUUAUGUUUAUUCUGAUCAGUAUUGUCUGUAUGAAGGAAACAAAAUUACUAAUUUAAUGAUUUGGUACAAAUUUUACUAAGUUGUAAGUAAAUUUACUAAAUUUAAGAACGUAAAUGCGUACUUAACGUCAUGUUGUACUUAUAUUAGGUAUAUAUAUAAUAGUAUAGUUUUAAAUUUUUGCAGUAAAUCUACCUAAAACGUAAAUUAAACUUAAUAUUAGAAUGCUAAUAUAUAAUUUAUAAUGGUUAUGUUACUGUCUUAUCAAAUCAAUCAUUAAUUUAGAUUAAAAACUCGAUAGAUCUAUAUGAUCCAAACAAGCUUUGUUUGAAAAAGCAAUUUUAUAUAGGUACGUCUAUUAUCUUAUUUUCGGUAUUUAUAAAAGACAAACUAAUUUUUCAUGAUUGUACAAUUUAAAAAGUAACGUCAUGUACACUUUACGCAAUAAACUCAUAUUUUUAAUAUCAACAAGAGUAAUACACCUUCCUGGGAAUAACUUUAAACAUAAAAUAUAUAUACCUAAUGUCAGAAACAAGUUAUUGUCACGUAUCCAUUCCUAAUCUGGGACCAUAUUUUUAGCAUGAAUUUGUAUUAAAACUACUAUUAGUAUUUAAAAUUGAAACAAAUACGCAAUAAAAUUAUUGCAACAU